AAUAGUCGACUUACAAUUUCGGCCAACCGUUUGGUAGCGCUGUACCAGUGGUACUUGAUCAGCAUCAGUUCGGGGACGAUUUUAUUCUGCUUGUGUCCGUCUACUGCAGAGGUCUUGUUCGGGCAUAGUCACUGGAUACCGUGUACGCUUAUUGACGUUUUGGAGCAUAACAUUUUUUUAUCGUGGUAUCCAAAGUCACAAUGCCAAAAUAUUAUUGUGAAUACUGCGACACAUACCUCGCCAACGACAGCCCAACCGUAACGGAUACGCAUCGCCAGGGGCGUAAACACAAAGAUAAUGUUACAAAUUAUUAUCAAAAGUGGUUGGAAGAAAAAACGCAGAAAAUGAUCGACGAAGCGACAGCCGCUUUUAAAGCCGGAAAAAUUGUUUCUGAUAAGAAUACUACUUCUUCACCACUACCAAGCCUUAACGAUGAGAGGAGAAAUCACAAAAGGAGACGCCGAGGCCGGCGUGGCAAGGGACGUUGUUCCAAUAUGGGACCUGACAUCGCGUGUAAAGCUAGUCUAGGUGGAAAAUGUUUAAAUAUGCACUAAAACGCCAGAGAUAACCUCACUUAUUUCGUCUAAAAUACCUAACCUUACACAUAUUCGUGCAUGUUUACAAACAUGACUACACUCAACACUCACACCGACAUGUACACUUUUUAUGUGGGUUUGGGAAAUCUGUGUGUUCAAGGUAAUCAACGAUAAAGUAUAAAUGUGAUGAUCUUGAUAGAUAUUCCCAGCUUAGUGUUCGAGCCAGUCGCAGGCAGUAUCUAUCAGUAUAAUGACUUAUAUGCAUUGUAUUCAUGCAAAAUGUUUAAUUUGUGGUGUAAAUGCUUAUUUUAUUAUAUAGAAACAGGCUAGCGUAACAAUUUUUACUUGACUGUCUUUUCUAGCUGAUCCACACCGAACCCCAUGGCUUCGAGGGUAAAAUUUAUAGAUGGGUGUUUAUAUGAAAAUUUAAACUAUAACACUUGAGAUAAAGACAAGUGGAUAUAUUGUUUUAACAGCUUGAAACAAACCACAAUGCAAAAUUUCAGCCCUCUAAGUAUGAUAGUUUUUAAUUGAGAGCAAAAAGAAAAAUUGAAAAAAGUAAUCGUACAAUCAUUGAGAAUUUGGUUUUGCUGAGCUUGUACUCAUGGGUCCGAUAUAAUCUCCAGCGUUUGGUUUAAUACAAAUGUAAAAAUGAGAAUUAAUUAAAAAUUGUAUGGUGUGUGAAUAAAUUCUCCACUGUUUAAGUGCUUU